AUGCCGCAGCCUUCGCCUUUCAAAAUGUUCAAAGAGAUUUUGAACCCCCCGCCUCUCGUGUCUGUAGACCUCAGCGGGAAAACGGUUGUCUUAGUUGGGGCUAACUCCGGGAUUGGAUUUGAAGCCGCGAAGCAUUUCGCACGAAUGGGACCUCAGAGGCUUAUCCUUGGAUUUCGAAGCGCGGAAAGGGGAGAGGAGGCAGUAGCCAGUAUCUCGAAAGACACAGGCUAUACAACCAUUGAAUCAUGGACCAUUGAUCUGGCAAGUUUCGCUUCGGUAAACGCCUUUGCUGAGCGAUUUAAAAAAGAGGGUGGAAGGCUUGACAUUUUCGUUCCCAACGCCGCUGUCCUUUCUGUUUCUCUCGAUUUCAUAGAUGAUGGUUGGGAGACUAUGUACGCUGUGAACCACAUAUCCAACACCUUGCUUGUUCUGUUGUUGCUUCCUGCGAUGUUGGAAACCGCACGGGUUCAUAAUACCACUCCCAGAGUUGUGCUUGUGACAAGCGGAUAUCAUUAUGGCGCGAAAUUGGACAGCAAGUUGAUUGACGCGCCAAAUGCUCUGCGCACGUACGGACAUCGGGAUCAUUUCACUCAACGAAUACCAAAGAAGUCGUUCGACGGCAGUCAAGUGUACGCAGAGACGAAAUUACUGGUCAUCUUUUUCACCCGUGCCCUGAAUGACAGGCUGCGCCAUAAGCCCAUCAUAGUCAACACCGUCGAUCCAGGAUUCGUCAAGUCCGGCCUUCGAAGGAACCUCGGCGGCAUUCUUGGUUUCGUGAUCAGGAUGAUGGAGAAAUUGAUGGUGCGCACAGCAGAGGAAGGAAGCAGGCCUAUGAUCUGGGCAGCAGUGGGAGCUGAAGAAAAGAAAGAUGAAUUGCGAGGUGCAUUUAUCAGUUCAGUAUCCCAAGUCGAGGAAACGAGUGACUAUUCCAAUAGUCGAGAAGGAUUUAUUGCACAGAACAAGUUAUGGGUAAACCUCAAUGCUCAUAUUUUGACGUCAAUUAAUUCAGCUUCUUUGAAGGAAAACCUUGUUGAAGAGUUGAUGCAAAUAAACCCUGGAAUUCAGCAGACCUCGCAAGAAUGCCUCACUCCGUAUAACAAUCCAACAGACUAG